AUGUCUGAAAAGGACUUCGUCCCCAGCUGGUUAUUGCGAAGAAACAGCACAUUGUCAAUUAUUGAAGACCUUUCCCUGCCCUUAGUCCCCUUCGAGGACUGCAGCUCAACCCGCAACUACGCUGCAACCAUCAUUCCUCCAUUCUACCAUACCCUCUCACUGCUCGGUAUCUUUGGAAACGUCUGUAGCCUGGUGAUCUGCCUCAAACCGUCUCGACCUUGGAGUAUCGGCUCCAUCGGAGUACUGAACCUAGCUCUGUGUGACCUAGCGUACCUGGCCUCCAUACCGCCCAGGGCUAUCUAUGUAAGUGAGAACUAUGACUGGAGCAUGGGCAGUUCACUGUGCAUCCUGAGUAACAUACUCCACUUUGUAGGUCUGACCUCCAGCACCAUGUUUAUCUGUGUUGUCAGCACCGACCGCUUCCUGGCUAUUGUCUUCCCACUCGAGUCACGGAUGGUCCGCACCCCCCGCAACGCUGCCCUGGUCUCACUGCUCCUAUGGGCCAUUACCGUCCUGCUCAUUUACCUAAGCUAUCCUAACAUCAACUACAGGGAGCGGAAGAGCGGCAUCCGCUACUGUGGAACUGUGGUGACCUCAAGGUUCAGGUACAGCGCAGCCACCUACAAUCUGUUAUCCUACUACUCUGUGCAGGUGUCUGUUCCCUUGCUCCUCAUCAUCCCUUCCUAUGUGAAGAUUAUAGCCCGGAUGAGGCAUUCGCGGCAGCAGUGGGCUGCAGGCAACAUGCAGGGCCGGGGGGACAAGACCAUCUGGCUGAUUGCAGUUUUCAUAGCCAAUUUCUUUGUGUGCUGGAGGGGCUUUGGGAGCUGGUCAGUAAAGCACUAG